GUUUUCCCUAUCUGGGGCAGAAGGCACCCCACCCUCUGGGCCUUAUUGGUCCCAGAUGUCUCUUGGUCCCCCUGCUGUCCACUACCUCUCGCUUAACCAACGUAACUUUGACUCUCGCCACUUCACCUGGGGCUUCACUCACUGGGCCUUACUUUACUAGGAGAGACCAGAUCCACCAAAGGUUCAGUCCCAAUCGUGCACUCAAAGACGAAGGUGCCUUUUGUGUCUCUCCUACAACCCUCCCUCCCCCCACCACCUACCCAUCGAAAAUAGGAGAGGAAAAAAAAUACCUUCUUCCACAUUGCUCGAGAAGACUUUUCUAUAUAUUCUACGGUACAUCGGCCGGACCCCCUUAGAACCGCUUUUUGCGUUCGCGUUCACCAACUAUCGCGCCUCCUUCGCAUAAAGUUUCUUUCGGACGAAUUUCACCUUCAGUUCAUGACGAUCGCUCGUACGGUUCACUUUCGAUUUUUGACUUUUUUUUUUUCAAUAAUAAUUUCGAUGUGCAGACAAGCGAACCAGCCUGACAGUUUGUUACGAGCUCGUGUACUCGGUUGCUAAAUCGUCGAAUUUUGGAAAAAAAAAAUUUUUAAUUGGCUAAAUCGGAAAUCGCAACUUUUUUUUUCAAUUGACGAUAAAGAAUAAUACCAGGGACGGAAAUUGUGAUACGAAAAUGGGGCUACUCGGGCUCUUACCCCUUUUGGGGUUGCUGACGCUUGGAAUUGCUGCGAAAUGUCCCAAACAAAAGACUUCACCUGGACGCGAGAUCCUUUGCUACACGUCGACCACUGAUAUUGAUCUGCUCAGCGAGACCAUAUGCAGAUGCACCACACUGGUCCAGCAGGGUCACAAUCUUCAUAAUCUAUCUUCAACUGGAAUCAAAGAUUUCCGGAAGUCCUUGAAGGAAGUCAAUCCAGUACUUCAGCUUGUCGUUUCCCUUAACGAUCCUCGUGGUUCGCUCAAGACUUCCGGUAAGGGACGACAAGAAUCCGUAGCGAGAUUCGCGAGGAUCCUGAAUGAGGUCGACGGUAUCGAAUUGGACAUGACAGCAGGAUCCAAAGAACGUCUGACCGACUUCGUGAAGGGACUCAAGGACGAGAUGAUCAGGAAGAAGAACGAGAAGCGAAUUUUACUUGCAUUACCAACCAAACCCGAGAACCUAGCAAAGCAAUACGACGUAAAGUCAUUAUCAAAAUACGUCGACCUGUUCACUCUCUCCAGUCACUAUCUGGUGGAUGAUGAAGAGUCAUUCAGCACCUUUCACCCAUCCCGAUUAAUGGGUCUUUUUGAUAUGCUGAAUACCGAUAGUCUGGUGGACCUGAUAAGUGGUCUAGGUGCGCCAAAGAAAAAGAUCCUGGUGUCGUUACCAGCAGCUGCCUAUAAAUUUACCUUAAAAGACAAAAAAGAGAACACACCCAGAUCAGCGACCACCGAGGAGGCUCCUGCUGUUUUGAGUCGAAAGGAACUUUGCGAAUUGAUGAGCGAGGGUGAAUGGACUGUAGAGAGAGACGAGGAUCUCACUGCCCCUUAUGCAUUCAAGGACGACACGUGGAUCGCGUUCGAGGAUAAAAUUUCUGCUGGUAUUAAAGGAAAGUAUGCCUUACUUCGUGAACUUGCUGGUCUUGGAAUUCAUGAUGUUGAACAUGACUUGAAAAGUCAUUGUGGAAAACCUCUCACUCACGAAGUUUAUCAUUCGUUUACUGAUAUGAAGAGGAAAACUAGAGCAGCUGUGUUAUCUUCUUUGGAAAAUGAUCUUCACCAUGCUCAGAUGCCGUACACGUCCCACGUGAAGUCAUCGGGAUUCAGGAUUGUUCGUGUGGUUGAUACGGAAGGACAUAUUCACGCCAUUCGCGAAAAUACGCAAACGGAAUUUUCGUGCACCAGACAAGGAUAUUUUGUGCAUCCAAAAAGUUGCAAUCGGUUUUAUCGUUGCGUCAAGUUCAAUCAAGGGAUUGACGAUUAUUCUGUUUUUGAAUUUGAUUGUCCCGCUGGGUUGGCUUUUGACGAGCGUACUGAAGUUUGCGUCUGGCCGGGAUCUCUUUCUGAGGGAUCACCUUGUCCAGGAAGUAGUGAAAUUGCACCGGUUCCUCAAGCGAAAUUCCAGUGUCCUGCUCAGCCUGGAUACUAUGCCGAUCGACAAAAUUGCAGAUGGUUCUUUGCCUGUUUCGAUCUUGGUGGACCUGAAUUGACUGCUUAUGAAUUCCGUUGUCCAUUUGGAUUGGUGUUUGAUGAAGAGAAAUUGAUCUGCGAAUGGCCUUGGCUUGUUCCUGGUUGCGGUGUUUCUGGAUACUCCAGAACUGAAUAUGGUGGAUCUGGUGCUGGAUAUGCAGGCGGUUCCGGAUAUUCUGGUGCCGGUGGUGCUGGAUCUGGUAUAGGAUAUGGAGGAAUUGGCGAAGGAAAUGGGGCUGGUGCUGGUGCAGGUCCAGGAUAUUCGGGUGGCGCAGGAUCGGGACACUCUGGAGCCGGAACAGGAUAUGCCGGCGGUGCUGGUGCAGGAUAUGGAGGUGCUGAUGGUUCAGCACAUUCUGGAGCGGGGCCAGGAAGUGGAUAUUCAGGAGCUGGUGAUGCCGGACACUCCGGAGCAGGAGCUGGAAUUGGAUAUUCCGGAAUUGGUGGUUCAGGACAUUCUGGAGCUGGAUCUGGUUCUGGCUAUUCUGGAGCAGGAAUAGGAUAUUCAGGAAUUGGUGGCGCAGGACACUCUGGAGCAGGAUCUGGUAUAGGAUAUGCAGGAGGCGCUGGUUCAGGAAAUUCUGGAGCUGGAUCUGGUUCUGGUUAUUCUGGAGCAGGAGGUGCAAGUCAUUCUGGCGCAGGAGCAGGAAUAGGAUAUUCAGGAAUUAGUGGCGCAGGACACUCUGGAGCAGGAUCUGGUAUAGGAUAUGGAGGAGGCGCUGGUUCAGGAAAUUCUGGAGCUGGAUCUGGUUCUGGUUAUUCUGGAGCAGGAGGUGCAAGUCAUUCUGGAGCAGGAGCAGGAAUAGGAUAUUCAGGAAUUGGUGGCGCAGGACACGCUGGAGCAGGAUCUGGUAUAGGAUAUGCAGGAAGCGCUGGUUCAGGAAAUUCUGGAGCUGGAUCUGGUUCUGGUUAUUCUGGAGCAGGAGGUGCAAGUCAUUCUGGAGCAGGAGCAGGAAUAGGAUAUUCAGGAAUUGGUGGCGCAGGACACGCUGGAGCAGGAUCUGGUAUAGGAUAUGCAGGAAGCGCUGGUUCAGGAAAUUCUGGAGCUGGAUCUGGUUCUGGUUAUUCUGGAGCAGGAGGUGCAAGUCAUUCGGGAGUAGGAGCAGGAGUAGGAUAUUCAGGAAUUGGUGGCGCUGGACACUCUGGAGCAGGAUCUGAUAUAGGAUACGCAGGAGUUGGAUCUGGUUCAGGCUAUACUGAAGCAGUAGGUGCAGGUCAUUCUGGGACAGGAGCAGGAAUAGGAUAUUCAGGAAUUGAUGGCGCAGGACAUUCUGGAGCUGGAACCGGUUCAGGUUCAGGAUAUACAACAAGCGCUGGCUCUGGACAUUUUGGAUCAGGAGGACAAGGAGGAUAUACUGAAUUGGCUGGAGCAGGUCAUUCUGGAACGUCUGGAAAUGUCUAUCCCGGUAGCUCUGGCUUUUCUACGGGAGCAGGAUAUGAAGGAGCCGGUGCAGGGCACUCUACAGGAGGAGGAUAUUCGGGAUCUACUGGUGCAGGACACUCCACCGGUGCAGGAUAUACUGGAUCCGGAUUCGAAGGACAUUCUACUGGUUCAGGAAAUAUCGGAGGAGCAGGAUAUUCCGGAUCGAAUAGUGCCGGAAACUCUGCAGGUGUAGGAUAUUCAAGCACUACCGGUGCAGGACAUACCAUAGGUGCUGGAUACUCAGGAGCAACUGGUGCCGAUAGUUCCGGUUCAACAUAUUCAGGUUCCUCAGGUGCAGGAUACACUGGAGCAUCCGGUGUAGGAUAUUCCGGAUCUGCAGGCACAGGAUACAGUGGUGCCACAGGUUCAGGAUAUACAGGCGCAACUGGAUCCGGAUACGAUGGAUCAUCAGGAUCAGGAUACGCUGGAUCGACUGGCUAUGACGGAUCCGGCCUUAGCACAGUCUACGACGGUUCCCAUGGAAUCGGUUCCACUGGAAUCCUAGCAGGACACGGAGGAGAAUCGACUGGUUACAGUGGUUCCACAGGAACCGGCGCAACCAGAGGACACGGCGUGAUUUCCACAAGUACCACAACUUACCACGGCAACACAGGAUCUCAUGGUUCAUCUCCUGGUAGAGGAUCUUUCGGAGGAUCUACAGUUUAUCAUGGUAACACUGGAUCCGAUGGUGGCUACGUUCUUGGAGGAUCAACAGGAGCUCACGGUGCCAUUACCAGCGACAACGCAGGAGGAUAUGUAGUGGAUGACGGAUCUUCUCAUGGGGUUAAAUUGUCAACCGGAAAGACUAGCACUUUCUACGGAAAUACAGGAUCCCAAGGACCUUAUCUUGUAGGAGGAACCACUAGUGGUGUACGAUAUCCUGCAGGAGGUACUACCUACUAUGGCAACGCUGGGUCACCUGGAACUUACGUCAUUGGAGCAGGAUCAUCGGACCACUCUAGUCUCUUCGGAAAGGGAGUGACCCCUGUGGGAACUACAACUUAUUAUGGCAACGCUGGUUCCGGUGGUUACACUGGUACCAUCGUCACUGGUGACAAUAUCCAUGGAGCGAUUGCUACCGAUGCUUCCAAUUCAGGAACUCUUUUGACUCAUGGAGAUGUUGCUGGCACGAUCCUGGGAGGAUCUCAGAAACAGGGAACCAUCAUUGCUGGAUCAGUGACUCCGGGUUACGUUGAGACCAGUUCCGGUACACCUGGAUACGUCAUCAGCGGUGGAGUCAAGGAAACUUAUAUUGGAUCCUCAUCUCCUGGAACAAUCGUUCAUGGAACCACUGCUCCUGGUGUCCUUAUCACAGGAACAUCUGCUCCAGGAACUAUCAUCAAGGGCGACUCAUCUCACGGAGUUCUUCUAACCGGACAAACUGCACCUGGAGUUAUCUUGGGUGGUACAGUGCAGCCUGGUGUUGUUAUCGGAGACUCUACAGGAAGCCAUUAUACCGGAAGUAGUACUUAUCAAGGAAACACUGGAUCCUCCGGAACUGGAUCCAUUUACACGGGAGCUGGUACCACCACGUAUCAUGGAAACAGAGGAUCGGGAUAUACCGGAAGUAGCACUACAACUUAUCAUGGAAAGACUGGAACUUCUGGUAAUGGUAAUCUGUUCAGUGGUAGCACCAAAGGUGGAAGUCAGUUCACUGACACCGGUUACAAGACCAAUGAGUACCAUGAUAACGGCGGACGUGGUACUAUCAGAUUAAAUAAUGGCUACAUCACUAGUAAAUAUUCGGAAACUGAUCUUCCGGAUUAUAGACCAGCUUAUGGAUCACUUCCAGAUUCUGUGGUUUCGGGCGGUAGAGUAGACGGAAGUGGAGGAGUCAUUCUGGGUACUACAUUGGCAGGAGUUAAUGGGUACGGUACCAAACUUAAGACUGGUGGUUCUUAUACUCAAGGAGGUUUCACUAAGACCGGAAGUACGAAAACUGGUAUUACCACCGCCCAACUAGGUGGCAGUGCCAGUUACGUAGCAGCUACCGGAAGACCACGUCCUAGACCAAAUCUUGAGAAUAUCGGAGCCAAGGCCUUUGAAGGCAAUACAGGUUAUAGCGGAUCAACUGUUGCUACUGACGUCAACAAUUUGGCAUACGUCACUUCAACUGUUACACCGGAAGUCUAUGUCUCAUCAACACCCGGAAUUGACGUAAGUCAUAUUGACGCAUCUAGGAUCACAUUGGGAACGACCAAAUCUGGAGCAUCAUCAGGAUACUCAUAUGCAAAACCAACUGUACAAUUCAACAGCAGAAGACCAAUUGGUUCCACGGUUUCUCCAAUUUCCUCGACCUAUGCAGAAAUUCCUGUAGCUGUUACGACACCAGCGCCCCAGCUGAAUAUUGAGGUUUACAAUACUCCUUCAGUUGUCACAUCCGCACCAAUCACAGCUGCACCAGCAGUUGUCAAUACGUACAGUUAUAGAAAACCAACUAACGUACAAUAUCAAGAGACUCUUUAUCAAGCUGCCAAAGUUCCAACUGGUCCAACAGUUUCCUCUGUCAGUUUUGGCAGCAGACCGUCGAACAUUAGGAAAUAUCCAACACCAACUGUGAUACCAGUGGGAUACACAACUGGUCCCUUGGAGAACUUCAAGAGUACAAUCUACCAAGCUGCCAAAGUACCGACUGUCAUUUCGACUGUACAACCAGUUGUUGACAACGGAUACAAAACAAUUGUGUCACCCACAGUACUUCCAGUCAAAAAUGUUGUCAACACUGGUAAAUUCACGUACAAAGAUAGCAGAUUCCAAACUGGUACAUUGCCAACUGUUCACCCUGAAGUUGAAGUCGAUCUGUCAUACCAGCAACAAGGCUAUACGGGCGAUAAGGAAUACAUUGCCGUAACAACAGCCGCACCAGCUGUCAGCACCGGAUACGUUUACAACAGACCCAGAAGACCAUUGCUGACAAAAAUACCAGUUAGCACAUCCGCACCAGUUACAGUGACGUACGAGCAGCCAUCAGUAACCUCACAGCAACAGGUACACUACGUUCCAGUAAGCACUGUCGCUCCAGCAAUCGGUGUCACUUACAGAAAACCAUUCCAGCCAAUUGGUAUUUCUUACAAACAACCAACUGUUCAAGUUUCGUCAACUGUAAAACCGGCAACGGUUUCCCAAGGUUACAGCUAUUCAAGACCAUCUGUCCAAUUUGUUAGCACAACUCCAGCUUCCUAUACAGUAUCACAAAAUGUACAACCAAUUGGUACAGUAUCAGAAAUCGCUGGUGGAUCUCCGGCUAAUCUUGAAAUUCCAAGAAACGAGGUCCACAAACUGGUUACCAAUUACGAGGCACGUGGAAACGUGAAGUACACUCCAAACGUCUACGACAUCUAUACCGGCGAUGCUGGUCCCAAGUACGUAACAUCUGGACCAGUUUCCAGCACGCCAUCUUAUUCCAGCGAAGAAUACAAUGGGCAGUACGUAUCCAGUACAGUGAUACCAUAUCGGAAAACAGUGACGCCAUCAGUCACAACAAUAUCCGGUGGUUACAGUACGGGAUAUUCAACUACUCCACUCUACGAGGUGGCAACAGCUAAAUCACCAGCUGCGGCCAAAGGCAAGAUCAUCGUGAAGCUGAGCGAUCUGCAUCCUCUUCUUCUUGGCAAGAUCGGGGCACAAUGCACGUGCAAGGAAGAUCCCUACGCCAAUCUUCGUGGUCCCGGAAGAAAAUCUCUACGUAUCCCAUCCUCGAACGGUCCCGUGGACCUGGCCAAUUAUGAUGAAUCCGAAAUCUACGUUGACCUUGAAACUGACAAGGGCUUAGGAUUAAAUGGACCUGGCUUGACAGGCAACUACGUAUCCUCUACAGCAUCCCCAGUAGCAAUAUCCUCAUACAAGACACCAGUAACUGGAGUCUUUGGGGUCAGUCCCAACGACAACCAGGGUUACAAUCUACGUGGAAGACCUUCGACGACCUAUCUACCAGUAUCCUCGACCUCAUCGCCUAAGAUCCUCUUGACCAAGAACCGUGGAGGUCCUGCUGGGUCUUCAGGACCGUCAUACUCUUCCGGAAGUGAACUGGGAAGUUCACCAGCUUCAUCCAAUCGUGAAGAUAUUCCUCUUGGUCGAAGUGCUGGUGCUAGAGUGAAGUCUCCCAAGGCUCUAGGUCAGUUCGGAGCCAAUGGCAAUGCCGUGGGUCAGGCUGGCGCUGCUUUUGAUCGCUAUGGACCCGGUGGAUGGCGUGGGGUAGAUGAGACUCUUCAAGGUAGUACCGACUGCGCAAGACCAGGUCUCUUCCGGCAUCCCAAGUACUGUAACAAAUUCUACGCCUGCCACUGGGACGAAUGGAAGCAGAGGUUCACCCUUCACGUCUUCAACUGUCCCGUUCAUCUCAGCUUCGACAGCAAUGCUGGUGCCUGCAACUGGCCGAGCAAAGGACCCGCCUGUCAGGAUGACAAUCUCCUUGUCUAAGCGAUUAGAAAAAUCGGUAAAUCCUCCAAGCGAUCCUUGGUACCUACUUUCACUCGAACAUCUGACGAUCAUAAUGAUGAUCAUCCAAUUGGAUCGAUUGAUCGAUUGCUCAUCGACAUCCUGAAAUAAUAAAAUUGUAUUGGAGUUGGUUCGUGGGAGAAACAGUUGGCCAACUGGACUAUGAGACUGUUGAUGACCAGUUCGUAUAUGUAAAAAGUCAUCAAUUCUAAUGUGGUGAAAACCGAUCGGUACCGAUCAAUCAAUGUGGAUCGCCGGCGAGUCGAGAAUCCUGAUGUCAUCACUAUGUAAAUAAUCCGUUUUAUUAUCUCAAAAUUUUUUUGUACAUAUCGGAGGAGCGACGGUGAAAAUAUUACUGGAUAUUUUUUUUUAACCAAAAUUCAUUUUUCUAUCUUCACCGCCCUAUUGUAAAAUUCGUUAUCACUCGUGUAACGCAAUGAUGAUCCGCUAUGGGAAUCGUUCAUGGAUUUUGUAUAUAAUGACGAUGACGAUGAUAACAUGAAAAUCGUGUAACUUGAACUUUUACCAGGAUGCUCGGCGGAGCGCGAGCGCGAGAAUUUUUCAAAAUCUUUUUUUUUUCUUUAGACUUUAGAAAAGUCUAUAUUUUUUUUUGUUUAUUAUGAAUCUACCUGUAGAGUCAUUGUCAUUUUAUUUUUUCUGAAAUUUUUUUCUCACUAUUAUCACUCUUCCUCAAUGUCUCUCUGUUGGACUAUUAUUUAUUUAUACUUUAUCACUAGCAAGUAAGGACAAUCAGACGGCGAAAUUUGAAAGACACAAAAUCAGGACCAGAGAGAGGGAAGGCAAAAAUAAAAGAGUGGUAUACCAAGAGCAAUUUCCAAUGGCAUCGAGCAUCUUUGCAGCUGACAACUAGCUUAAACAAAAAAAUGAGGAAAAAAUCUCUUCUCUCGUUCCCAAAAAUUUUUGUUCGACAGCAUCGAUAAUCGAUCGGUCAAAAUCGAACUUCCGCUUGUAAUCCAAUUACUCGUGCCAUUUACCACUAUUGUAAUAUUAUUUCUGAAUAAAUAUGUAAAAAAAAA